AUGGACGAGCCACGUUCAUCAACCGGAGCCUCGGCUCUGGUUACCGUGAACAUCAUGGACCAGCUCGACAAUUUCGAAUUUGCCGUGCUUCAGCCCACCAGCAAUGCCAACACCACUUCCACCCAGUUGCUCUCUGAUGAACUGAUCAUUCGUGAGGGCUCGCCAAUUGAUUUCGAUGUGGACCUCGAUGUGGACACGGCUGGCCUCACAGACUCUGUCGCUGUCGUCAACCUGGCCCAGUUCAAUCUGCCCGAGACUGAACAGUCUCUUGGUAUCUCCCACCGCGAUGUCAAUCUUGUGGCAGCCAAGACCACCCCCUCAACUGCGAAUCCCCACCCCGAGGGGCUGAGAUGGGUCAUUCGCGAGUCCGGCGUCUUUGAUACCCAGAAGGAAGAGAUGUCCGCCGUGCAUUACGGGAAGACUCACAACAGUCUCUUCAAGAACGUCCGCGACAAUUCGUUCUUCCAGUGGGGUCUGCGAUUUAUCCCAAAGCCCGGCCAAGACAACAUUUUCCGGACCCUGGUCAUUGAGGAUUUUCCAAAUUCCGUCACCCUCGAUCGGAUUCUGCCUCAGAUUCGCGGCGGUGCGGUCUUCUCGGCCUCGCUGAUGAAUACCUCGACCAUCACUGGCUCUGCGACUGCAUUGAUCACUUUUGUUCAUCAGGCGGGGGCACUGAACUUCCUCCGUCUCGUUUCGCGGGAGGGCUUUUUCAUCGGGAUCAGCCCCGCGAAGGUGCGCCCGGUCCCGACCCCGACUUACCUCAUGUCCAAAGAAAUCGAGACCCAGAUCUAUCAUUUUGGCCGUACCCGCUGUGUCUUGGUUUCAUCUCCCAGCCACAAGGCAUUGAAGCAGGAGGUCUCCCGAGUGCUGAGCCAGUCUCGCGUGCGGCACAGCGUGGAGUGUUUUGGAGAACGGGACAAUGACGGCGAAGUCACUGUUCGGUUCCAUUCGGUUAAGUCGGCCUGGGCAGCGUGCAUGACGCUGGCGAGUGACUCAAAGUUGCAGGGGGUUUCGAUUAACCCUGCGUUCGACCCAUGCUCGCUGCUGUGAUCUACCCAAUUUGAUUUGCCUUAUGAGGGCUUUGUUCAUACCAAUCGGCAACCCGGGGAUGUGAAGCAGACAAGGAACCCACACCGGGGUAUCAUGGAUGAUUUUUUCUUGGGUCAUCA